AUGGCGCCCAAAUCAAGCCGGAAGGGCAAAGGAAUGCAAAAGCUUCCCUUCAACGAUGACGCGAUUCAGAAGCACUUGGAGGUCAAAAGCCAAAGCCAGGAGGACGUUGCUGAGGCAGAGAGCGAGAUGGACAGACCAACCUCUGAAUGUGAAGACCAGGACAUUCCAGAAGGAUUUUCUUCGACCGAGGCUUUACAUGAGGAGAUCAGGGGCAAUGCACCUGCUAGUGGCGACCUUGGCCGAAGGAUCCAAGGCGCCGCAGCGACCAUAGGUGGUGCCACAGGUAUGCUUUUGGGUGGCCCCGUGUCGGGCGCACUCCUCGGUGCAGCCGCUUUGUAUGCAUCCACACGGGAAGACAUGUCGGGCUCUGUGGCGAGGAAAGCGGGGUCCCUCUACUUGAAGGUUGCCGACCGCGCCUGCGAUGAAGGAGUGCGUGUUAUGGACCGGGGCGUCGAAAAAGCGGGUGCAGCCCUUGACCGAGGUUGCAGAAGGUUGUCCCAAUCCUCGUCGGUUCCAGCUCCCAUUCGUGCUGGCUUACAGCAGCUUUCGGGCGAUAAACGGGAAGGACCCAGUGUGGCACCUGAUGAGGCCAGAAAAAUCCUGGAGAAGCAUCCCGAUCGAAUCCCCAUAAUUUGUGAAAGAUCUGCAUUUUCUACAUUGCCACAAAUUUCAAAGAGUAAGUUUGCUGUACCUGGCGGCAUGCGAGCUGGCGAAUUCAAGUAUUUGGUUCAGAAGGAGAUCAAGAGGGCAGUGCCUGAAGAAGUUGCAGGGCCACAGCCGGAACAAACCAUCUACAUUUUCAUCAAUGGAGCCACGCCGCGAUGUAGCACUUCGAUGGCCGAGCUGUAUGAGCAACAUCGCCGAGAAGACGGUUUCCUUUGCGUCAAAUAUUGCGCUGAGCAAACAUUGGGGCUAACAUGA